CAAGAUGGCGGCAGCUUCCUCCAUCCAGCCGCCGAGCGUUCACUCUUUAAACCAUAAAAACGCACCUUUCCUGGAUUCUGACAGCCCGGAGAUCCGUCAGGAUGAGGACGCAGGUUCCGAGGGGACCAGUCUCCGAGAUUUACCCGAUUUGGAACCGGAGGAAAUUGAGAAGAGGCUGGAGAAAACUCGCCACGAGCUGAGCAACAGGAGGAAAAUCCUCAUUAAAAACCUGCCACAAGAUACAACCAACCAGGAGGUCCACGAGAUUCUGAGAGAGUACGAGCUCAAGUACUGCUUUGUGGACCGCAACAAAGGGACAGCGUUUGUGACCCUGCUGAACGGUGACCAGGCUCAGGGUGCCAUCCGCUCCCUCCACCAGAGCAACAUGCGUGGCCGAGACAUCACGGUGCAGCUCCAGCCCACCGACUCCCUGCUGUGCCUCACCAACCUGCCCCACACCUUCACCGCCCAGCAGCUGGAGGAGCUGGUCCGUUCCUACGGCAACAUCGAGCGCUGCUUCCUGGUCUACAGCGAGCUCACCGGACACUCCAAGGGCUACGGCUUCGUGGAGUACAUGAAGAAGGACUCGGCGUCGCGGGCGCGGUCGGAGCUGCUGGGGCGACCGCAGGGGGACCGCGCGCUCAUGGUCCAGUGGACAGACGUGAACCAGCUGACCGCGGGUCACCACCUCCACUCUAAGUGCCUCUGUGUGGACCGGCUGCCCCAGGAGUACGAGUCGGAGGAGCUGAACCUGCUGUUCUCGGACCGCUACAAGCCUGUCUUCUGCCAGCUGGCCCAGGAUGAGGGCAGCCCGGUGCGUGGCUUCGGGGUGGUGGAGUAUGAGAGUGCAGAGCAGGCGGAGGCCAUACUGAUAGAGAUGGACAAAACACUGGUGGGAGGACAGGAGAUCCGUCUGUCUCUCUGCACCCCCGGAACCUCAGGCAGGAGCACAUUGGCCGCGCUCAUAGCUGCUCAGGGCGUGAUGUUGAGUAGUAAGAAGGGCUUACUGCCGGAGCCCAACCUGGCCCAGCUACUGAACAGCAUGGCCAACCCAGCAGCCCUACAGGUCCUCAUGAGGCCCUACCACACUGGGAAACGAGGAGGGAAGUUUGGGCGGCACCCCAGCCUUUCUCCGUUCCUCAGACCCCCCCUCACAGCAGCCUUGCUACAACUGGGGAAGGUACAGCAGAGUGCCAUGUUGGGGAACGGGCUGGUGUUGCAGAACCUCCUGCACAUGCAGCUGGCCCAGCAGCAGCUCUUACACAUCAAAGACAAGCACAUCAGCAAUGUAUCCAGUCUGCUGGGUGACCCUUCUCGUCUACUCCUACAGAAAGCCCUGGGUCUCAGACCCCCAGCCCCCAUGGCCCUGGGACAGGGUCUGCUGGGUGACUCCCCCACUGGCCCACAAUGGCUGACUGCUCUGGGCUGUUCCGACUUCCUCCUAUCCUUGCUCUCUCUCCUUCGUCCCCUCUCUCCCUCUCUCCCCUCCACAGUGUUGGGUCAGGAGUCCCUGCCAGCGUCCAGUCAGGCCACGGUGUCGGCAGCGGGCAUGAUGCCCUACCUGCAGGCGCGGGCACACCUGGGUAUAGCCGGGGGAGGGGAGCUAAACGGGGUCUCCACCGCCUCUGACAGGCAGCCAGCGCCUCCUGGGACCACGAUGCACCCUCAGCCCCAGGGACAGGGCUACUCACUGGGAAUGAGCAGCCCGGGGCUGGGCCCACCUCCACCCAAAGCCCCAGGGGGCCACCAGCUCGGCCUAUACAGCCACAGUAGCACCGACAGCAGCGCAGCUAGUGGAGCUCCCAGCUGUCAUAUCUCUCUUCUGGGUGAACCUCCUAAAGAGAUGAAGCUACCCUCCAACCCCUACCUGAAUCUAGCUAGUGUGUUACCUGGCAUGGUAAUGCAAGCCCCGGCGGCCGGUAAAGCGCAGGCAGGACAGCCUCUGGCUGGGAUGUACAGCAGUGCUAUGCCCCCUGUCUCCCAACCCUCCACCUCUCACGCCCCAGCACCCUACAGCACAGAUACCUCUGCAGACUACAGCCACUACAGCCAGGCAUACUCACAGGAGGCCAUUCAGCAGUGGUACCAGCACUACCAAGCACAAGCCCAGAGCUACAGCACCGCCCCCCAGGAGAGCCAAGCUGUGGACUACGCCAAGGAGCACACACAGCAGGCAGCAGCGGCAGCGCCGUCCUAUGGGGAUUACAGCUCCUACAUGCAGGCUGUCAGUCAGUACUAUUCUCAGCCUCCCAUGACCCAGCCACCUCCCCAGGCUUACCAGAACAGAGACCCUACCAAGGAGGCUGACGUGUGUAAGCCGCUGGGUGUGUCUCUACAUGCGGUCAGUAACAGUGGUGCCCAGUCGGUGCUGCCAGCCUACAGCUCCAUCCCUAUGAUGCCAGGCUUCAUGACCGUGCCACCUCCCUCCACACACACACUCCCACCCAGCCCUGUCACACACACUCAGAGUGCCCACGCCCAAGCGGCCAGCGAAUGGAACCAGUAUUACUAUAAUCAGGCUCGGGGGCAGAAGCGGGAGUACCCUCACUUGGCGGUGCAGAAUAUGGCAUCAGAGGGCGUGUAUGUGGGGCAGCACUCCCAGGGGCUGGGGGGCCAGUACGCUGACUACUUCAAGAAGAAGCGGAUCUAGAGAUGACCUAUGACCCCUGGCCUCCCUCUCUCUGACCUCCUGCACCCUAACUCCUAACCCCUACAAUACAUACACAGUCUUGGGUUUAGUGUUGUACGACGUUGGUAAACACACACACCGUUAUGUCGCUUUUGUCCUUUUUCAAGCCUUAAUUCUGAACUAUUACUCUCUUCUCAGUUGAUGUGUAAAUGUUUAUUGACUAAUAAUCUGUAAAUUGGUUGUAAUGUAUAUAUGAGCUGCUUUUGUAUUUUAUGGCCAAUCAGUCAGUCUGCCUUGUUGAAGGCCAGUCACUGUGUAGUCGGGUUUCUCUCUCUCUCUCUCUGUGUUUCUAUCUCUCUGUGUACUCUUUCUUCAAAAUGGGGGAAACUGUACAGUGUUGCACACAGAGUUGCUUUGAUGCCUUCCUGUAACUGAUGUGUUUUUCUCUUCCUCGGUGUCUUUCUCUUUUUCUGACUGCCUCAGUGUCUCUUUUUAUCUCUCUUCGCGGAGACCUUGACUUGACGUGUGUGUGUGUGUGUGUGUGUGUGCGCGCGCGUGCUUAUUUGUUGUGCUGUGCUGUAAGCGUAGGAGUGAUCAGCCAUUCCCAGGGUACAAGGCGGCGGGGCUACCGUGGAAACUCAGAGACACAGGAAGGGGGACAUCCAAUCACUGCUCUUAACCUUUAACAAUGGACACUAACCCUAACGUAGCAGGUGUAAAAGAAACGGCUGAAACUAGAUCCUCUACAUACUGGACUUGACGAAAGGAAGGGAAAAAACUGUCGGGGGGGAGGUUCUCUUCUGCGCUGUUUAACCAAUCCAGUAAAUGUGGAGGAGGAGUUAAGAUGGAGUGUUUCUCAGGUGUCUCCUUGUUAACAUGCAAAAGUGGAGCUCCCGGCUCUCUUUCCAUUUCCCCUGAAAACCGGAAAAUCCGUUUGUUGGGGACUCGGCAGAUGCUAAUGGACACUUACAAAGGCUGGGCUGGUCUACUAGCAAAUUAAUGGGACACUUAAACUUGGUAUCUUAUAGCCAUUAGAAUAGUCACCGAGUGGACACUUCUUUGUGCCCAUAUAGCUAUGUAUUAUAACUUGCUUGUGGAUGGACACUUCCUAGGCCUUCUUAUGGCCCUGUGUUUGUGAUAGCUACAGGUUUGAAACCUUUCUGUUUAUAAUGGCUGUUGUUUUCUGUAGAGGCCAUGGAACAGUGGCUCAGUCGCUAAACGCAAUAAGGUACGCAGGAGGAGGUCUCCCAGGUUUUCCCAGGUUCUUCUCUUCUUUUCCCGCUGUUUAAAAAAAAAAAUGCGGUGGACUUUUCAGGACGGGAAGGG